AUGGUACUUCUUCGUGCCUCACCUCCAUCACCCACUGCAUAUUACAUGGCUGACUAUGCGCGAAAAGGUUCCGUGGAAGCACUGGAUUGCAGCCUGGCCAUGCUCUCGAACUACUGCUCGGUAACUUGUCGAGCGCGUUCGCAGGCCAGCAACACAACAGCGUGCCUCGAGGCACUGAUUACGCCACCAACAACGCCAGAUAGCGGUGCCCAGAGGACCGGCGCACAUCGGUGGAGUGGCUCGUCAACGUCGUCUUCCUCAUCUUCCGGCUACUACUCGUCAUCGUCCACGCACCAGGGCACCACAUCGCCCGGCUCAGCGGAGAGCAGCUCGUACGAGCUCAUCGACAAAUUGCUCCUCAGCUCUUCCUCGUCCUCCUCGUGCGCCACCAGCCCGGCUAUGUGCCUGGAUCUCGCGCAGCUUAUGAGGUUUGUGCCACCGCUUUUCAUUUCAGCCAGCACUCGCCCCCCUCUCCGCCGUGAGGAGCAGUGCCAUACAUCUGGUGCUGGAGUGCUCGCAUGCGAUUUGCGUAAAUUACCUGCGACCAGCGUGCGGGGGGCCUGA